GAACUCCACUCCACUUGGCUUCUGAGAAAAAAACUAUAUAAUUGAUCCAAAACCGAAACUACAACCAUUUGAGUGCGCUAAUUUGAUAGUAGCUGCUCGACAUGAAGGUUGCCACAGGAUUGUGCGUUUUGGCCUUACUGGCAUGUGUUUCAGCAGAUUGCGGCUGUUUAAAAUGUAAUCCACAACUCCAAGUGGUCUCCCCGAGAUACAGCCCUUGCAAGGUUAUUUACAGAAACAAUAACCUAAACCUUCCAAGCAUAGCGCCAUACAAACUUCAAGCAGCAGUUCCCCCACCACCACCAGUAUUUGUUCCUAAGGAAUAUGACUACCAGAUGCAGUACUUACCCUAUGCUACCCCAUACACAGGAUCAGUAUAUGAAUACGGUCUACAGGCUGCUGUUGUACCACCACCUGUUCAUGUUCCAUUGAGAAACUUGAGAACAGGAGUAGAACGUGUGGUCAUGGAUGCACCAUUCGCCGGAAGACUCUGUGGAUCAGCCAACUGCAAUCCUGGUAUCCCAAAACCAGCACCCAUCCCCGUUCACCUUUACCACCAUCACGAUUGCGGAUGCAACUCUUGUCGUCGCGAUGGUUGUGACUCCUACGACCGUAACUCGUUCAACUCCAACAACUAUGAACGCGACUCAUGCAACUGCAACUGCAACUCAUGCGAAUGCGACUCUUGCAACAGAGACCGAGUUGCUCUUUCUCGAUCUGACGAGGACGCUGACAACUACAAAGGCCCAAUAAUUGAACCUCUUCUCCCACCCCUCUGCCGAAGGAUCUAAGGAGCGAAUAUCAAUGGCAAACAUUGAAACCAAAGUGCAUGGAUUAUAUUGUAGUU